AUGAGAACUCAAUUGCUUAUUGCUGCUGCUUUAGGUUUAACCUUAUUAGGUUUAACUUCCUAUUUAUUCCUCCACAAGUCUACUCAAGUUGGAUACACUGAUGACUAAAUUAACAUGUGGAAGGGCUUCAAGAAGACCUACAACAAAAAAUUCUCUUCUGAAGAUGCUGACUAAGAAGCUUACAGAAUGAACGUCUUCUUCGAUAACGUUGAAUACGCUUCAUAAGAUUCUACCAUGGGUAUUACCAAGUUUAUGGACCUUACCCCUGUUGAAUUUGCCUAACUUUACUUGAAUCCCAUUGAAAACGUUGAAGGUUCUAUUGAAACUUUCUAAGCUAUUCAAGCUAAUGGAGAUAUUGUUGUCGAUUGGGUUGCUAAGGGUGCUGUCACACCUGUUAAGGAUCAAGGUGGUUGUGGUGGUUGUUGGUCUUUCGCUACUACUGGUGGUGUUGAAGGUGCUAACUUUGUCUACAAAAAUGUCCUCCCUAACUUAUCUGAACAAUAAUUAAUCGACUGUGACACUUAAAACAGUGGUUGCGGUGGUGGUUUAAGAGACGUUGCCUUAAACUACGUUAAGGCAACUGGUUUGGCCACUGAAUAAGAUUAUCCUUAUGAAGCUAAGGAUGGUAAGUGCAGACUUGAAGGUAAGAGCCACCCUUGGACUGUUUCUGGUUACACUUCUAUUAAGUAAUGCGCUGACCUCGUUACUGCUAUUCAAAAGGCCCCUGUUACCGUUGGUAUCGAUGCUUCUAACCUCUAAUUCUACACUGGUGGUAUCUUUUCUAAGUGCGCCACUAACAUCAACCACGGUGUUUUACUUGUUGGUUACGACUCUGUUAAUCAAUCUUGGAAGGUCAAGAACUCCUGGGGUCCUAACUUCGGUGAACACGGUUACUUCUAACUCUCUGCUAAGGUUACUGGUGACCAAAUUGCUAACACUUGCGGUAUUUGCUCUAGAGCUUAUGCUCCUUACAUUUGA